AUGGCACACGUUGGUAUUGAUGCCAUCGAGCGCACUGCGUCUCACGGGUCAGUGAAGGGCUUGGACCUUGAGAAGGGGGGCAAGUCAGGCAUACCGUGUGUCUCCUGUGUUGGGGGGAAGAUCACUCGUCAUACCUUCCCGUCAGUGGGUGCGGAGGAGGAUGAGUUGCUUGGAGUGGUGCAUGCUGACCUGUGUGGCCCUUUCCGUGAAACAGCUAAGGACGGCAGCCGCUACUUCCUGGUGCUGAAGGAUCGCAAGUCGCGGUACGUCUGGGCCUACCCCUUGGCUCAGAAGAGUGAUGCGCUGGCGGCGUUCCAGAAGUGGCUCCCGAUGGCAGAGCGGCAGUGCAAAACCACGGUGCAGGCGCUGCGCACUGAUCGGGGUGGCGAGUUCUUGGGGCAUGACUUCACGCUCUUCCUCGACGGCAAAGGCAUCAUCCAUGACCUCACGUGCCCGUACACGCCGGAGCAGAACGGGAUGGCCGAGAGGGAGAUGCGCAGCAUUGUGGAGGCGGUGCGGACGAUGCUACUGCACAUGGGUGUACAGCAUCAUUGGUGGCACCUGGCGUUGGCGCAGGCCGUCUGGGUGCGCAACCGCGUGGAGCACGCCUCGCUGCCCUCUGGUGUGACGCCGUACGAGCUCGCCUUUCGACACAAACCCGAUGUCAGUAUGGUGCGGGUAUGGGGCUGCAUGGUGCAGUACAUGGUGCCUCAGUCGCAGCGUGGGGGGAAGCUGGCACCAAAGGCUCGCUGGGGGUUGCACUUGGGGGUGUCCGCAGCGAGCAAGGGCUGGACUGUGCUGGACUUGGAGUCCAACCGCCUCAUCACCACUGUGGAAGCUGUUUUCUAUGAGACCAUGUCCCUGGCAGGAUGGAAGGCUUGGCACCAGCAGGAGCAUGCGGAGCGUCCGAUGCCCUAUGAGCCCGUUCCCUCCCUCUUCCCGAUCACUCUUGAGGAGGCGGUGGAGGAGGAGGAGGUGGUCGCACCUCCUGCUAUGCCCUAUGUCCCUACCUCGAUCACCGACGGGCAGCGCCUUGAGACUGAGCAGCUGCAGGACGAGAGCAGUAUGGAUGGAGUACAGCAGAGUGGGGGGCAGGAGAUAGGGGAGCAGCAGUUAGGGGAGCAGCAGAGUGGGGAGCAGCAGAUAGGGGAGGAGCAGAUUGAGGAGCAGCAGAUGGUGGAUCAGCAGCUAGAGGAGCAGCAGACAGGGGAGCCGCAGACAGGGGAGCAGCAGACAGGGGAGCAGGAGAUGUGGGGAAUCAGAGAUGGUGGUCGUGUGUUGGCUUCUGGGACGAUCACUGCACCGCUGCGUCGCUCCACUCGCAUCACUCGUGGUAUCCCGCCUCUUAAGUAUGCUUGGGCUUUGUGA